CUGAAUGUAACUGUAUUUAAUAUAUACACAAAGCUGUGGUCUAAGGAAAGUUACAAGGAACCCAAAAGAUUCCUAACUAUGAAAUCCUGGGCGCUCAGCACUUACAUUUGUAUGAAAAAGGUAAGUUUUUUCAGUCACUCAAAGACAAAAGUUAGUCACCUGUGGCACCCAGGCACUUCUAGGGCACAGCCCUGAUACAAGUAACAGAUUUGACAUUGAUAUUUAACUUGUUUUAUACCCAGUACCCAGUGCUCCUCCAGCUAAUGUCCAUCUGCAGUUAGUGGGUUUGUCAUCAAUCACUGUGAAGUGGGAACCUGUUCCUAAAGGUUCAAGAAAUGGUUUCUUGAGAGGAUACCGAGUGAGAUAUCGACAGACUUUCAGCAAUGGAACUGACGGUGAAAUCAAAACUCUAUUCAUGAUGUGGCCUGUCACUAAAGCCACUUUAACUGAACUCGAGAAGGCUUCUGUAUACAAAAUUGAAGUAGCUGGGGUUACGUUAGCAGGCACUGGGGUUUAUUCAGAGCCAGUCACAGCUCGGACACAUGAUGAUCCUUGUACCUCUGGUCUGUGUCUUAAUGGAGGCACAUGCGUAAUUGACCAAUUAAGUGACUCCUCCAGUAAUUUGUUCCACUGUGCAUGUGCUGUGAAUUUCACUGGUGAACUUUGCUCAGACUUCAAGAGUGACCUUCCAUGCAACAGCCCAAAUGUGAGUCUCCCUAGUUUAUCUCCAGAUGUUUCUUCAGCCUCAGACAUUUACCGUUCAAGCCAGUUUAUAAUCCAGUCUGUUGUAGGUCUCGAUUGUGAGUUGUCUCCUAGAACCACAUUCAUAUGGAAUGUUUACCAACUUAACGCAGAAGAGAUACCAGUACUUUCAAGAAACAGCUCCCCUGAGCUGCGAGUCACCCCACGUUUAUUACCAAUAGGUGUUUAUUUGGUGCGACUCACUGUUAACAUGCUGGAAACACCGGUGUUUGGGGUCGGUCAAGGUUAUUUCAAGGUAAUCAGUAGUCCUCUGGUUGCAAUCAUUGCUGGGGGAAGCAAGGUGGCAAGAGGAUUCAAUAGGACUCUUGUUUUUAAUGCUUCCAUGUCAUAUGAUCCUGAUGAGGGGAAUCAGCAUUUAUUAACUCUCAAUUUUACAUGGUUGUGCAGACAAGAGUCAGGUCAAGGAGACUGUUACAAGACUGGUGACAUUAAGGUAGAAUCCAAUGAACCUUUACUGAAAUUAAACAGCAGUCUGAUGAUGGAGAACAGUUCAUACUUUUUGACAGUUUUUGUUAAGAAGGAUGUGAGGCAAGCUGAAUACACUCAGGAAGUGUUUAUUGUUCCAGGUGAUCCACCAGAAGUACAGAUAAGCUGCGUGGAUAACUGUGAUGUUAAAAUGAACCCAUCCGGUAGAAUUGCUCUACAAGGAAUCUGUGCGGGCGCUUCAUGUGGAGGCACUCUUACUUACAAAUGGUCCCUUUUCCAAGACACAAGCAACACCUCCAACAAGACCCACUGGGCUGAGGUCUCGGAAAUACAGCAAUUGUUAAGUACCAGAUUGUCAUCAACAACCCUGGUCACUUACCCUCGAAUAUUGGCGCCAGAUGUCCGGUACAAGUUUGUGUUGACUGCCCAACGGCAUGGUGGAUAUCCGGGAUAUUCCGAGUACAAGGUGACUGUCAACAGUCCCCCUGUCGGGGGAACGUGUGAAGUCAGUCCAGCAUCCGGGGUCACUCUUACAACAAAGUUUACUUUUACGUGUACUGACUGGCAGGACCCUGAUCUUCCGUUGCAAUACGAAUUUGUUUACUUCACAAAUAACGACCUUCUGAAUGUGGUCUACCAAGGGGUGCAAACAAGUAAACAGACGAACCUUCCUCUUGGGGAAAAGGCAAAUAACUUUACUAUUGACUUUCGAGUGCGAGUGGUUGACAUGUUUGGAGCCUUUACUGAAGUGACGAUUCCUGUUCAGGUGACGGAACCCAGGCUCGAGGCGGCAAAUCUGAUGGACGUUGUCUCGAACCUGACAACUGGAGACGGAAGUGAACUGACUUCUUUAAUCCAGUCAGGUGACCUGUCAAGUGCUGUUCAAUUGGCUACAGCAGCCAUUGCGGCCGUUGAUGUUGCUGCACAAACUCAGAGAGAGAAUCAGGAUGAUCAGACUGAGAAAAGGAUUGCGAUGAAAUCCAACAUCGUGCAGCAGUUAUCAGCUGUUCAAGUAGAGACUGUGGCUAGAGUCCAGCAGGUGUCAAAUGUGAUUGCUCAGGCAACUUCGGUCAUCAGUGAGGUUACGGUCGAAGCUCAGAAGCUUGCAACAGACGCUCUUCAAAAGAUGACUGUAGUGUUUAAAAAGGAAUCUACUGCCGGGGAAAGUUACGAGACGCUAUUUGAUGGUGCCAAGAGUCUAGUGACUGGUCUCGCAAGCAUUCUACGAGUGUCAUCACAUGAGGCAAGAAUAUACGAUUCUGAGUCGCUCCAUGAGUCUCCCACCAGCGACAGCUUCAUAGCCGCGCCAGAUGCGCAAAACUUACGCAAAUACCAGACUGAACGAAAUUAUGGAAAAAUUAAGACUUCAUUGUUAUCAUAUCUCUUAUUAAAAAGGAUGAAAAGAAAUGCAGAUUAUGGAGAGUCUGAAGCACAGCCGCAGGCUAAAAACCAAGUAGGGAGUAUCUUCUACUCUCUGGAGGAAGUCGGAGGCACGAUCUUGUCCCGAACUCUCGUCGGAGAAUCGCCGAGUGAAUUUUCAACGCAGUCGAUGUCUCUGCUUGUUUCCCGAGAGGAUCCUGGCUUGCUAGCUGGUUCUGUUUUGUCCAGCAAAGGAAGUAGUUUCACUUUACCUUCAAUUCCAAACUUGUUUGGUAGUGACACGCAGUUUGUCGAUAGCCAGAUGACUACAACGAACUUCAUGCCUUUCUCCUGGGACUCCUCUGGUGCACGAGUGACUACAGGAGUGUCAAGCCUUGUACUAAAGAACAGCACUGGACAUGUUUUAAAUAUGACAGAACUGGAAUCUCCGAUAUCUAUCAAGCUUCCUAACACUCAUGAUUUGACAAACAGUUCCCGAUCCCAUUACGUUAAAACAAACAGAACUGUUUUCCACAAGAUCAAUGUAACGCAGUCAGGCAUGACUCUGGUGCUAAAGGUGCGUCCAGAAAACAACGCAGCAGAGUUCUCGAUGUCGGUUAAAUACGGGGAACGGCCGUCUCCUAGCGACAGUGACCUCAAUAAGACAAUACCUGAUUUUUCAUCGUGCGUGUCUAUUUCAUCUGGGUACGUGAACUGCUCACGCGAUCCGUAUACAGUGUUGGUAAAUAAUGUUAUCGCUGGGAAAAUAGGAUACUAUUUCAUUGGGAUAACAGCUAAGGCAAAGAUUUCUGGAACAUCUCGAGUCAAGCGCUGGCCAGGCCCGGGACGGUCAAAGAAGUCUUGUGUGCAGUACAAGGAGCCGCCCACUGCAGGUGCCACCUAUCACGAACCUCAGUACCUCACUGGAGAUGAAAACUACACCAUACAAGUGAUACCAGCUGCUUGUCUGUACUGGAACAACGAAGCGUCUGAGUGGACAACAGAAGGAUGUGAAGCAGCUGAGACAACAACCCAAGACUCCAUUCACUGCUAUUGUAAUCACCUGAGUUCUUUUGGAGGUCAGUUGCUUGUGGCGCCGAAUCCCAUAGAUUUUGAUCAAGUAUUUACUGAGCUGACUCGCCUUUCAGAGACUGGAAACGUAGCUGUUAUAAUAGCGGUAAGCUGUGUAUUUGGACUCUAUCUGCUGCUCCUGCUCUGGGCUCGGAAGGUUGAUAAGCGCGAUCUUCUUAAGGUGGGUGGGAGAACAUUCUUAGGUGUUCGUUCAGCUUCGUCCAACGUCUACGAGAUACAGAUAUCUACUGGCAUUUGGCGUAACUCCGGUACUACUGCAAAAGUAUUUAUUAUGUUGGAGGGCGAGCUGGGUUCUAGUCGACCUUGCCAUAUGAAAGAUGACUCGUGCAUUGUGUUCGCAAGAGGGAGCAUAAUCUCGUUUGUCCUUUCCACCCAAAUCAACAUUGGCCCUGUUCGGAGUGUACGCGUGUGGCACGAUAACUCAGGCACCAGUCCCUCGUGGUUUUUGAACCACAUCAAGGUCUGUAACGUAACCACUCAGGAGCACUGGAACUUUCCGUGCUUCAUGUGGCUGGCUGUGGACAAAGGUGACGGUUUAGUCGAUCGAUCCCUUAGUUACUCUUCAACAGCCGAUAAAGGAAGGGAUUUUACACUUUUUGUGCAGAAUAGGAUAGCUGAAGAAUUCAGCGACGAGCAUCUGUGGUUUUCUGUCGCAACAAGACCUCCGAGAUACCGGUUUACUCGAGUACAGCGGUUGUCAUGCUGCCUGUCGCUAAUGCUGAGCACCAUGCUGGCUAGUGCCAUGUUUUACGAAUUUGACAGCGGGGCGGACAGUACCCAGGGCUUUCUUAAGUUGGGCCGUUUUGUCAUAAACCUGCAAGAGUUUAUCAUUGGGUUGGAGAGCCAUCUUAUUAUUAUACCAGUUAAUUUGCUGAUCGUGGGAAUCUUUACCUACACAAGGUCACCCAUUGAGAAGAAACGGUUGCAAAAGAGAACUGAUAACUCAUGGAUACCCGUGAGGAAGAGAUGUCAAUUUUCUCUUCCACACUGGUUUAUUUUUGUUCCCUGGCUACUUUGUAUUUUGUUAUCGGUUUGCUCGGCUGCUUUUGUUGUCAUGUAUAGUUUACAAUGGGGUGCAGACACUAGCGAGAGUUGGCUGAUUUCAGUGGGGAUGUCACUUUUUAUGGACAUAUUUGUAUCAGAGCCUCUAAAGAUCAUUUUCGUUGCCUUCAUGCUGUCGCAUAUUUGCGCGGCAGGGCGGGCUGAUCAGUCCUCUCAGACGAAGUACCUAGUCGAUACGGUUACUGAUUUCGACGAUAUCAAACUAAGUGGGAUAGACAAUGAAGAGGAAGAUGUUGGCAUACCGAAGCCGCCGAGCAAGAGACGACUACGUCAUGCGAGGGCCACUCGAAUGAGAGAGCGUUAUAUGUAUACAGCUCUAAGGAAUAUGGUGUCUUACAUUGUGUAUUUUUGGAUUCUGAUGGUUGUCUGUUACAGGGGACGUAAUGAACACGGGUACCUGAUGACCUCGUCCAUGAAGAAGACGUUUGGAGAGCUUAGCAAUAUUUCCAGUCACAUGAACACGUGGGACUGGGUACGAAACGUUCUAGUACCGGGGCUCUAUGAUGAUGGAAAAGACCUUUCAUCAGUUAGUUCCGGUCCAUACGUCGGCGAUGGUGACGCGGUUCUCGUUGGUAUGCCACGCCUCCGACAGCUAAGGGUCAAAAAAGAUUGCUGCUACGUUGUAGAUGAAGUACGAGGCCUGUUCAACUCGUGCGUUGCUUCGUAUACAUACAGUAAUGAAGACAAGACCGCCUUCUAUCAACCAAAAUGGCGCCCAUUCUCUUCGUCGGAAAACAUGUCAGUUGCCCUGCUUGACCAGAUCUGUCCCAGCGCGUGGCGUUAUUCAUCCCCCACGGAAACACAGAUUCUUCCUUUUCGUAGUUAUGGUCCAGGAGGUUACAUGGCAGAGCUGGGCUACGACAAAAACACUGCGCUGAAAGUGAUAUCCGAACUAAGCAUGUUUAACUGGAUUGACAAGUUUACUAGUGCUGUAAUAGUUGAAUUUACAGUUUUCAACCCUCAUGUGGGUCUGUUCAGCACUACAUGGAUACCUAUCGAGUUCUCACCAAGUGGUUAUGUGGCUUCUAAUCACAUGAUUCGUACCAUGCACGUGUACGACCUUGGUGGUGGCUACAGCGCUGUUACUAUACUCUGUCAAUUAUUACUGGUGAUUUUUAUUAUGUACUUUAUCGUCGUGCAAACGAAGCAGAUGAUUCAAAACAUUCGGCUUCACUUCUCUCAGUUAAUCAACUGGCUGGAACUUGCGCAGACUGUAACAGUCAUUGUUUUUGUUGUUACUCACAUUUUGAAAGAAACGGAGCUCUUUGCAAACACGGCGAAACUCAGUAAGAACAUUUUCCAGUUCCUCAGCUUCGAUAGAAGCGUUUUUCUUUAUAACAUGGAAUCAGUGUUCCUGGCCUUACUGAUGUUCUUCAACACUUUUAAGUUACUGUAUUUACUCAAGUUUAAUCGCCAUGUGCAACAUUUGUUCCAUGUAAUGAAGAGGUCUGUUCUGGAACUCAUUCACUGCUCGCUUGGAUUCGCAGUGUUUAUGUUUACAUGUAUUCAUGUAGGAUACCUUGUGUUCGGGACGCACCUUUACGGAUAUUCUUCUCCCUUCAACGCGUUACAGUCUUUCCUCGUCCAGGGAGUCAUCAAUGGCGAGGUUGACCAUUUCCACGACUGCUGUGCAAUUAUUGGUCCUGUAUACAUUUUAGUUCUAAAUCUGGGUGUUAAUGUUGUCUGCAUUAAUCUCUUCAUUGCUGUUCUUAUACAGAAUUAUGGAAUUGUUAAACGACUUUCCAAAGGUAAAUUUAGUCUUGGAAAUUUCAUGAUUAUAAAGAUGAAAGAGAUACUUGGUUGUAUUGGAGAUCAACCAAAACCACGCAAGAAGAAGAAACGCACAAAAAGGCGAAUCCCUAAAAUCGAGGUUCCUGACAUUAAGAUCACGGACGAUGCAUCUGAGCUGGUGGAUGAUUUAGCGAGACAGACGAGACGGAUCAGACAAAGCCUCAAUGAACUGUAUGCCGACGACUUUGGCGAGGACUCCGACUUGUUUUCUUUGUGGCUUGAAAUUCACACGAAUGUCAAGGAAUCAUCUGAGGAUGCAGGAUACUGCGCGCUUGCGUAACUAACACAGUUAAAUGAUGGCCUGUGAGUUAGAUUUUAGGCAUCACUUCUGUAAAGAAAGCAAGUUAGUGGAACACGAAUAUUUUUCUCAAGUGGACAUAAUUAUGGAGUUUUUUAGUCUUCAAAUCUCCUCCAGGAAAACGAGCUUUGGUCAGCUACUUACUUACCAAUUGGUGAUAUGAAUGAAGUACGGUAUUGAGAUCUUUUUCAAAUGACGGGAUGAAAUCGUUUCUGUUUUAUGAUUUGUGAGGACGUUUUCUUCGUCAUGCAAAACAUUCGACCGUUUCUUGUUUAAUUAAUUCUUUUAGAUUCAUUUAGUGUUUUCAUUCAGUUCUAACGGUUUUUACAGUUGGUGUGUUGUCUUGAGAUUUUACGGACUCAACCUAUGUAGAUGUAGAAUUUAGCCCAGAUCAUUCCAAGCAACCUAUCUAGACAGUUGUGAAAACUGAUCUCCGGAAGACUGGUUAAAGUUGGAAGCGGUUUUAUCAGUAAAUGUCUGUGUUAGCUUGUGGCUGCAGAUAAACUUGUGUGUUGUCCA